CUGGACUGAUAGAAAUGCAAAUGAGCUCGAACCAGGUCGAAAGAAUCCGAUGGCUUCGACCCGCUCAAUCUUCAGUGUGAAAAUGGAUCUAUGGAGCGGCCUUGGUGGUGCUGCCCCUGCAGCUGCCCACCGCACAACGGGGAUUCCACUGCAGCGAUACCAGUCUGAAGUAUCCCUAUCGCCAGCCCUGGCUGACGAAGGUCCACCUUACGAUCGCAGUGGUGGCCCUGCCCGCGGUGUCUGUGCUCGUGGUGGAGAUGCUCUCGGCCGCUGUGGUGCCCAGCUCCAUGGAGCUGAAGCAGCGCUUCGUCUUCGUCGGCGUCCGCAUCCCCAGAUUCAUCAGCGAGUGCUACAAGGCCAUUGGCGUUUACCUAUUCGGUCUGGGCCUUACCUUGGUGGCGGUUCGGCUGACUAAGCACUCGACGGGCCGACUGAGGCCCCACUUCUUCGAUGUCUGUCAGCCGACGUGGGGCGAGGAGGCCGGCGAAAGCUGCUCCGACCUGACCGCGGAAAACUCCACAUUCUAUCUCGAAAGCUUCAGCUGCACGGAGUUCGCCGCCCCGCUGGAUCUGCUCGCUCUGGUGCGCCACUCCUUCCCCAGCGGGUUCGUUUCCACCACUUGCUACGCCAUGGGCUUUCUAAUUUUCUAUGCACAGGCCAGACUGUUUGCUCCGUGUCUGCGAUUAGUGCGAGCCUCCCUACAACUGGCAUGUGGCUUGCUGGCCUUGAUGGUUUGUUGGGAGCGCAUCUCCACCUACCAGAACCACCUAACGGAUGUGGCAGCGGGAGCUGCUCUCGGUGGGUGGAUGGCCUUUUUUGCAACGGUCUAUGUGGCCCACCUAUUUGUGGAGGUGCGAGUAAAACGCCGUCCAAUGCCAAGAAAUGAACAGAUCUACGGCUAUGCGGGGUACUACAACAGAGCCACUUACGGCUACUGAUG